GUGUUAUAACAGCAUUGCGUGGAAGCUGUGUCCCUCAUUAACGCUGGUGGUGUGCUGGUGCUGGUGGUGUGUCCUGUGAGGGGAGAAAUUGCCCCAAAUCAAGAAUCAUGAAGGAAGCUACUAUAUUUUUGGCUGGAUUGAUCACGAUGGUCGUCCUCCUGACCUCACCAGCAGCAGAAGCCCACCACUACAGUUACGACAACCGAGACUGCUAUUACAACGACCGGUACGACCGCAGCUGCAACUACUACCCACCUACAAGAUACCACUAUCACGACCACAUCUACCACACCCAUCCUGCACCAUACAAGUACCGAGGUUAUUCACGUACCUGCAAGUACCUGGCACUUCAUCCUCAUCUACUGCGCAGAAUUCACAAGAUGCUGGUCUUCUAUUUCUCAAACUGCUAUAACCCCUACUAUGAGUAUUCGGACUUUCAUUACUGAAGCUGAAAGGUACCCCGGGGUUUCAGGACGAGGCUGGAAUUGAAGGGAAUUUCUCCGACUUCGAGCCUGUGUUGAGAUUUUAUGUAGCGGUGCUGUCUUGUUAUUGUUUUCAGUAUUAUUUUGUUUGUAUAAUUAUUGUUAUGCACAUAUAGAUGUGCGUGUG